UAUCAGCAUCAAGGUAAACGACUUCUCUGGCUGAUAUGGAAGCCCUUAGCUAUAAAAGCGUUUCACACAGAACCCAACAGCAUCAGUUGACCCCGUCAUCUUCAGCGCAAGACAACCAUCAGUCCCAACAAACCAACCCAACUCAACAUGUUCAAAUACAUCGCCAUUAUUGCCCUUCUGGUUGCCUCCGUCAGCGCCGGUCUCAUUGAGACUCACAGCGUGCUCCACGAGCCCGUGCUGGCCAAGGUGGGCACCGUUGUCCAUAGCGCUCCCUCGGCUGUCUCCCACCAGAGCAUCACCCAGGUCCACAGCAAGCCAGUCGUCCAGCACGUUGUUGCUCCCGUCCUGAAGACCACCAUCCACGCUGCUCCAGCUGUCCAUGCCGUCCAUGUUGCUCCUGCUGUGGUGCCAGUCGUCCACUCCGCUCCUCUGGUCAAGUCCGUGCUGCACACAGCUCCUCUGGCCUACACUCUGCAUCAUUAAGGACCUUUUAUGGACAUUGUUUUGUUAUGAUCAUAAAAAUAUGUAAAAUAAAAAAG